AUGGGCCUCUCACCCAAUAUCUCAAUCUCCUCUGACUCCGCCGUAGCCAGAGCACGGCGCGGCCUGUACUCGCGGUGUGUCCGGGAGGUCACGAAGGACCACCGCGCGGCUGAGCGAGGCGCAUCUGCUGCGGCGCCUGCAGCAGUGGUCGCCUGCACAGACGGGCAGGGAGAGGAGAGGGAGACGGAGUGGCGGCGGCGGAUUGGGAGGAGAUCCAGAGGUGACGGCGGUGGGUUGGGAGGAGCUCCAGAGGUUUGUGCCGUCCUCUCGGUGACCUGGGCCUCAACCUGGGCGCCCUCGCCGUCUGCCGCGCAGACCCCAUCGAUUUGGAUCAGAUGUUUCAGAAUGACAGAGAGGUUGUCAACAAUUGUAUCAGUGUUGAGUUCAUUUAUACCUGUGAAAAUAGUGGUUCGCAAGAAUAAUGUAAAUGUGAAGGAUGGCUGGGACACCUUCAUGUUUAAGCAAUCUCAUAACUGGGAUGUCCUUUCACUGCCUGAGGAAGUGAAGAAGAAGCUAAGCACUAAGACUGGAACUUCAGGAAGUGGAAUGGCCUGGGUCAGUCUCGACCUGGGAAAAGAGAACUGA